AGUCAGGCAACGCGCGCCAACUCUCGCGGACCGGGGGUCUUAAAGGGCGACGGAACAAACAAGUUUCCGGGAGCACAAAACCUGCGGCUUCCGAUCGGAAACCACUGACCUUUCUUUGGGGAGGGAGGACCAACUUUCCUAAGUUGCCGUCUGCCUGUUUGAUCAAGUUGUUAACAAAUUGUUUUAUUUAUUUUAGCGCGUGUAUUUUAUCUCCCAGUUAUUGUGUCCACAUAUCUGGUAAAUUCGCGAAAGAAAAAAAAUAUAUAUUAGCGUCAUGAUAUAAGGGUUAUCAUAUUAUACAAUCCUCUUAUGAAACACGUAAAUUUGUAGUCCAGCGUUGUAAGUUAGAGGAUUUGUUAAAAAUUCAGUAGGAGAGUAGUUGCAGACUAUAGUAGUUAUUUUCCGUCUGGUACAGUCGCGCAAGUAGCUCCCGAAAAGGGGGGUAGCCCCGCUGCCGUGUAGUCCGUUACGUCACGCGACAGCAGCGCCUCUAGCGGGCCGCGCACGCACCAGCUCGCGGGACAGUCUCGCGGGGCGGAGGGGAAGAAGCGACGCCAGCUGCAGCUGCGUGGGCUCUUCUAUGCACUUCCUGGGAAUCAGAUGAACCGUCCUAUCCAAGUGAAGCCUGCGGACAGUGAAAACCGCGGAGCAGAAGACAGAAAGCUGUUUGUGGGAAUGCUCAGUAAGCAACAGACAGAAGAAGAUGUCAGACAAUUGUUCGCACCUUUCGGAACAAUAGAGGAGUGCACCAUUCUCCGAGGACCCGACGGCACCAGCAAAGGCUGUGCUUUCGUAAAGUUCAGUUCGCAUCAGGAGGCCCAAGCAGCGAUUAAUAGUCUGCACGGCAGCCAAACUAUGCCGGGAGCUUCUUCCAGCUUAGUAGUAAAGUUUGCCGACACAGAAAAGGAACGUCAAAUCCGUCGAAUGCAACAGAUGGCUGGAAACAUGAGUCUACUCAACCCAUUCGUUUUCAACCAGUUUGGGGCAUACGGCGCUUAUGCACAGGUAAUGCAGCAACAGGCAGCGCUGAUGGCCGCAGCGACCGCUCAGGGCACGUACAUCAACCCCAUGGCCGCCCUGGCCACGCAGAUCCCGCACGCCACCCUCAACGGCAUGGCCAACCCGGUCGUCCCGCCCACUUCAGGUACUGGUUCAGGUCAGCCUGUAAAUGGUGCCAUUCCUAGCCUGCCUUCACCCACGAUGCCAAACUUCAACAUGGCUGCCCAGACACCCAACGGACAGCCGGCAGGAUCGGAUCCAUCCGUCUACACAAACGGCAUCCCUCAGACGUAUCCUGCACUGCUGGAGGUUCACGGAUUCCCCUCUACAAGCCUACGUCUAGAACAUGAGAACCAUUAUCUUUCCCUUAUUCAGGAUGGCCUUCACUUAUCGAUUCCAGCCCAGGGCCUGCCCAAUGGGGAGGCGGCCCUUCAGCACGCUGGGUACCCCGGCAUGCAGCCGUACCCGGGUGUCGCUUACCCCGCGGUAUACAGCCAGUUUCCACAGGCCAUUCCCCAACCGAUGUCCACCGUCCCCCCUACGCAAAGGGAAGGUUGCUCGAUCUCGGGCCCAGAAGGAUGCAACCUGUUCAUUUACCACUUACCUCAAGAGUUUGGCGACGCUGAACUGAUGCAGAUGUUUCUGCCGUUCGGAAACGUCAUCAGCUCCAAGGUGUUCAUUGACCGAGCCACUAACCAGAGCAAAUGUUUCGGAUUCGUGUCAUUCGACAACCCAGCGAGUGCCCAGGCCGCAAUCCAGGCCAUGAACGGAUUCCAGAUCGGCAUGAAGCGGCUAAAGGUCCAACUGAAGAGGCCGAAGGACGCCAAUCGCCCGUACUAACCUCUUCUGUAAUUUAGGAACUGACGCUACCCGAAUUUCAGCUGUCCAGGGUGUUUGAUGGAGGGUUUGGUCAUGACGGGAUCUUUGACUGGAAGACGACUAUAUAAUCCAAAAAUAAAUAAGAAGUCACUAUUUAAAGUUCUGCUGGGAUUCCCCCUGAUUUCCACUGGAGUUCUUCUUCGUUAAGCGCGCACAAGAAUUUGUGAGGAUGGGGUUUAACGACGAGAAGAGAAAGUGAACCAUUCUUUAAACUUCCUGGUGACAAGUAUUAAUCAACCAUGAAUAGUGGACGGUGGAUUUCCGAGGUGCGCCCUCACAGAGAAAUGAGAAUAACUUAGUAGUAUUCUAGGGUAAAGAUAAAUACAUAGUGUAGAUGUUAGUUUGAAAACAGAAGCUUAAUAUUCUUAUCAUAUUAUUAUAUACAAUUAUUAUUACCUUAUAACUUAUGGGUAUUUAUUAUAAUAAGAUUUAAAGAUGAUUAUCCUCGAUGAAGAGUCGGAAGUAACAAGUUUUUUGCUUAGCUAUUAAGGUAUUGAGCGUGGCUAUUUAACAGUACUGUUUAAAGUUCUUGGUCUCCGUCAACAUAUAAAUACAUAUGCUAUCAGAUCAGAGAUUCAAGUAGUUUCAGAGUUGACAGGCACUAAUGCACAGGAGCAGACUAACAUGACUAACCAGCGCGGCCACACGCUUGUUUGUGGAAACGCACGUGACGGGAACCCAGCCGGGCAGAGCAAAUGUCAAUUUUGAAAUUUCUCGAACUCACCCCAGCUUAUGUUAACAGAUUGUAGGUUUACUGCUCGAAAAAAAAAUUCUACUUGGGCUGUGAAUAAAAAAAAAGUAUAAUGUGUAAACUUGUACAGGCCGUUUAUUGUCUUCUCGUUUGUCUGUCUGUUCGUACAUACGUGCAUAUAUAAAGUUGACGGAAGAUCAUUGUUGUCGAGAAUAAUGAUAAAUUAACUAUAGGUGUCAUUUUUGUGUGUUGGUUGGUAGCGUCUGAAAUUUUACUUCUGUACCUAGUUGAGAUGAAAAAUUGAAUAUAAUAAUUAUUAUUAUUAUUAUAAAUGUAGGAUUUAUUUUUAUUGCCGAAAAUUUGUGCUGUUGAGAGAAUUCACUUGUCUUUCUCUUUUCUGGACUAUCAAUACUCGAUACCUGCACAUGCCUUUUACUCGAGAACAAGUUUUUUGAUGUUUAAAAGCUGGUGUGGGAGUUGCUUGGAGACCAAGAACCAAUAAGCAGCCAUACUACUUGCACAAGUAUUAACUGUUUGAACCCCGAUCCAGUGUCCCUUUUAAAUGUACUUCGAUGAUGUAAACUAAGAUGAAGUAUGCUAUAAUCCUUAAUAUUUAUAUCAAAGAAGUAUUUGAAGAGUAAUCAGUAAUAUAAUAUUUCUACCACAGUUUUAGUGAAUAUUAUUCAAACAAAGUACCAACAUGUAGAGACAUUAACUUAACAUGAGACACGUACGGUAGUUAGUUUGUAGACGAAUGCCCAUGUGUACAGAAGGAAAAGUGUAAGACCUUCUUGAAUACCAUUAGAAUAACUGUUUCAACAAAAUAAACCAACUUUAAAAGGUAAUUUUAUUACAUGUACAGUCUAAUUUUCAGGGCAUUUUAAUGUAGCCACAGUUUUAUCUUAGUACUAUAGUUUGCUCAUUAAAAAAAAAAUACUUUAAGGAAAAUGUCGGUGAAAAAAAGCUGUGGUUAUUUGAAAUUUUGUUGUGUUUUACAUAUUUGGUGAUACACACUAAAGUUAGUUUUACUUCCUUAUUUAAUUUGUUUUAAGUUUCCAGUCUAGGCGCUGAAGGUGAGCUAUACGAGACAAGUCAGUGCAUGCGUUGCGAGUCAUGUUUGUGAUACUAUCCAUAUUUGGUAUUUAUCUUGUUUCUUCCACUUUUGAAAUAGCAUGAGAUGUUCAUUUUGUUGGCAAAUGUACAGUGUUGUUUUUCUUAAUAUCCAUUGCUUCGACACAUUCCAACCCUAUGCUACUGCAUUUGCCAUGAUGGUCCGUGAUAGUGCUGAAGAAAUCAUUUUGAUCAAGAGUUCUUUAACAUGCAUGGUAUUAUUAUUUUACUUAAUGUCCGUCGUAUUGCUUCACUGCUAAGGUGCGGGAGUGGGAAGACAAUAAUGUUGCUCUCUUUUUUUUUAUGUGACAGGAAAUUGGUUUGUAACAAAAACGUACUGACGUAACACCUGCCAUUUUGUUAAUUGUUACUCUGCUAUGGCAAGUGAAGAAGUGCAUGGCUCCAAUCUCGUGUAUAUACAGUGAUAUUGAAACUAAAGUACUCUUUGAAGUGAAUUACUAAAUGUCUAGUCAUCAUCUUCAGACCUAGAUUGGGAGCAGAGAUCUUAGAAUAAAUUAUAACUAGUCAGUGCUGUUGAAAUUAGGUUUUAAUGACUCUAGUCAAAAAUUUGUUAUAUGCUCUUGACAAAUGCAGAGUUGUAGAGUGAAUAACAUAGUUUGUAGAUAAUGUAGGCAUAUGAUAAUUUGUAGAGUAUAAAAUGAGAUAUACAGGGGUAACAGGAUAAUCGAAUAACCAAAUUAGUGGGAAAAUAGAGGUCUAAAAAGUUUUUUGUAUUUUUUAUUUAUUUUGUAUUUGCUAGUAGCUGCCACUGACGUAUUGCGAAAUAAACCAUCAGCAUAUAACUAUUGUGUGCAAUAUAAGCCAAACACAUCUUGAACAGUAGUUUGACUUUGUUAUAUAUUUAAUAGAAAAAUAAUUAUUUUAAAUAAAUAUAAUUAGCUAUGUUUAUUUUUAUUUAUAGUAAUUUAUUGAGAGGGAAGUAAAGUAAAUGUUUCAGUACAUGAAUGUGGGUAGUAGAGUUUAUGAUAAUCUUAACUCAUUUAAACCUAAUUUAUUUAGUGGAAUAUGUCAAAAAGUAUUUUGUUAAACUGGUCACAAUUUCGAUAAGUUCUUGUUCAGUAAUUUUUUACUUGGAAAGUUGUGUGUGUUGUUUUUGGUGAAAUUUAAUAGUUAACACUGCUUUUGAAAACACUCUGUACUUGUUUAUUCUUUAAAAUUUAAUUUUUUGUUUGAAUUUUUUUAUAUAAA